GACCACAAAGACAGAACAAGGAAAUCCCUGACCGACGCAAGGAAAACUGCAGCCUCACAAAGGAUGACCAUAGAGUCGUUGCCAAACACCCCUCUGCACCUCCUGCUUCUCGAGCUUUCGCUUGUGCUUAUAUGCUAGCACAUGCGUCACUACUCACCGUCCGUUUACAUUAGAUUAAUUCCACGUCCUAAGGCUAAAGUACGCCGCUCCCCAUUCAUAUAUAAAUAUUGCAGAUUUUGGAAUUAUAUAUAAUCUGAUAUCAUCGUUUGAUUCGCAACGUAUUCUGAUACUCCAUUUCGCUUAGAGAGAGAUUCAUCUGAUCAUCAUCUUCCAUCUGAUCAACAACCGAGCUCAGUAUGCAACAGCAAAAGCAAAACACAGAGCACAACAUCUCAGUUACAUGGAGGGGGAAGAAGUUUAUUCUGGAGAUGGAUUCAGCUGCUACUCUCAAAGAGUUAGGCCACGAACUGCAGAAACUGGCUGAUGUCAAAGCAGAUACUAUGCGGCUCAUUGUACCACAAUCUUCCAAUAAAUUUCCGAAAUUGCUGUUGCCUUUCUCAGAUGAGCACUCUGCUCUAAGUUUGCGAGAUAUAUCAUUUCUUGAGGGGAAGUCUAUUAGGAUGAUGGGAGUGCCUGAAGUUGAGGUGGAUGAAGUCCUGCAAAAUGCAAAGGCCGACCUGAGGAUAGCAGGAUUUGAGCAAGAGGAGAAGAGACUAAAGCAAAGAAUGUUAGAUAGACCGCAUACUUCUCUAAAACUUCCACACGGACAAUACAUCUUUUGUGAUUUCCGCACACUUCAUAUUCCAGGACUAGAGUUGAAUCCACCGGCCUCUGAGGCACUGAAACGAAUGCAUAUGCUUGCUGCAGAUCCAGGAAUAGUUUCUAUCAUGAAUAAGCAUCGUUGGCGGGUGGGAAUUAUGACUGAGUUGGCCCCAGUGGGCUAUGUUGGUGUGAGCCCCAAAUGCAUUCUUGGUUUCAACAAGAAUCAUGGAGAGGAGAUAUCUCUACGUCUGCGAACUGAUGACCUCAAGGGUUUCAGGAAAUAUGAGAGCAUCAAGAAAACUCUUCUGCACGAACUUGCUCACAUGGUGUACUCUGAACAUGAUGCAAACUUCUAUGCUCUAGAUAAACAGCUUAACCAAGAAGCUGCUAGUUUAGAUUGGACGAGAACAAGAAGCCACACCUUGAGUGGAGUCAGGAACUCAGAACAUUAUGAAGAGGAGUUUUAUGUUGAUAGCAAUAGCAAUUCAUCUCAUAAGCUUGGGGGGAACACAUCAGUUCAGCUGGCUAAUGCUCGUGCAUCUUCAGUGGCUGCUGCUUACCGCCGUGUAGCAGAUGCAUCUACUAACAUAUUGACAACACUUCAUGUACACGAGGAAAGGGACCCUGAUGAUUCUGGGUUUGGUACUGAUGAAGAACCUGAUCAUAUGGAAGCUGUGGAUAAAGAGAGAAUGGAUAUUAAAAAUCAAAACAAUGCUCAGUUGAAAUGCAUUGACGAGCUCGAUCCUGAUGACUGCUACAACAGUCAGAAAAAGUUUGAGCCCUAUCCUGAUGAUACCGAGGGUGGUGAAACUAUGGAUACUGAACCACAUUUAGAAUCCAUGGAAAACAGGAUCUCCUCGGAAUCAGAUCAUGAUGAUGUUGAGAUGACACAGAUUGUACCUCCUUUGACAACUGAAAGAAAGUUGGCAAUAACUGAGUCAUGUCAGGUACCUGAUCCUGAUGAUUCUCAAGCAAAUGGAGUUUCAUGGGCUGAGCCUGAUCCUGAUGAUGAUUUGACACCUGGGCAGGGAAUUUCUAGAAUACAGACUGAUGAACUUGAUCCUGAUGAUGAAGAAUUACAGAGAAUUCAAGACCCUGUUACUGUCUUUUGUAGUCGUCUGCAGAAGGCCAUUGAGAUGUUGCGAUCUGAAGUUAAUCCUUUGGAGGCUGGCACAGUCUUGCAAACUUUAUUUAAGAUAAUUAGGAAUGUCAUUGAAAACCCAGAUGAAACGAAAUUCAAGAGACUCCGCAAGGCUAAUCCCAUAAUUCAAAGACAUGUUGCAAAUUAUAAAGCUGCCAUGGAGAUUCUUUCAUUGAUUGGUUUCCAUGAAGAUGCUGUGUUGGAUGGAAUUGGGAAUUCGGAAACUUAUUUAGUGUUGAAGCGGAAUGAUCCAGGCUUGUUGUGGCUUGCCAAAUCCUCCCUAGAGACAUGCAUUGCUUAGUAUUUUGUAUGUGGAAUAACAGUAGCAGCAGAUGCAUUGCUUAGUCAGUUAGCAUUGUAUGUGGAAUAACAGUAGCAGUACAAUCAAAAUUUGUGACAGAAAAGCGUGGAGAAUAAUUAUGGUAUAUGUAUCAAUCAUGUAUUCUGCUGUGUAUAAAUACAUUGUAGAGUUACAGAAUUGUACAUUCGAUGUUGUGACAAAUUAUCAGGUAAAUAUUACAUGGUGGUAAAGGCUUGGUUUUUUAA